AUGGGAUUUGGAAGAUCGUGUCUCGAUGUACUCGACAAGGUCGCCGUACACACCAUUAACGCCGUUGCCAUGAAUGCCCCGAAUAACGCCGGCGUCGUCGUAGGCGAUUUGCCCUCAGGACACAGGCCCUCAAAGAACAAGCGCGACCCUCCCCCGCGCAUGUCGAAGAAGACCUGGGCAGAGACAUUGGAAGAAGAGAAGGCCGCGAAGGAGAAGGAAUCACAGAUGCAUGUCAAGGAGUUGUGA